GCGCGGCCCGCGACGAGGCGAGACCUGCCCCGGAAAGCAAGCACAGGGGUAUUUUAACAAUCGCACUGCUGCUGCUACUACUAAUAAUAGCGAUCCUCCACUUCUGGCCGGGAGACUGUCGGCGCUUGCCAGCCGCGGAGGGGGGCACUCCCUCCCGCUGAUGCCACUGGACCAUGGUUGCUUCCAGGGGCGGAUCAUGAAGUGUUUGACUUUCUUUCUUCUGCUUCCAGAGACCUUAAAGAAGUCCAAAAAGAGCGUCCGCGCCGGCCACGCCAAGGGGCCGGCAUGCUAUGAGAUCGUGCCCCUGGCCCUCAAGAAGAAGAUGGCUGCGGAACUUUACCCUGCCAACACCAACCUCGCCAACAGCAACGCCGCCGCCGCCAACAGCAAGAAGAACGCGCUCCAGCUCCAGCAGAGCGCCCAGCCGCCCUCCCCGCCGCCCCUGCAGAACCUCAACAACAACAACGUGGAGAGCGUCAACUGGCAGUCCUUCCACCCCACCCUGCGCGAGAGGAACGCACUCAUGUUCAAUAACGAACUGAUGGCUGACGUGCAUUUUAUUGUGGGCCCCGUGGGGGCAACCAAGAAAGUUCCUGCUCACAAGUAUGUUUUGGCGGUUGGUAGCUCUGUCUUCUAUGCUAUGUUUUACGGUGAUCUUGCAGAGGUCAAAUCUGAAAUCCAUAUACCAGAUGUGGAACCUGCAGCCUUCUUGAUCUUGUUAAAGUACAUGUAUAGUGAUGAAAUCGACCUGGAAGCCGACACCGUGCUAGCAACUUUAUAUGCAGCCAAGAAAUAUAUUGUCCCAGCGUUAGCGAAGGCUUGCGUCAAUUUUCUGGAGACCAGCUUAGAAGCCAAGAAUGCUUGUGUGCUGCUAUCUCAGAGCAGGCUCUUUGAGGAGCCAGAACUGACCCAGCGCUGCUGGGAAGUCAUCGAUGCUCAAGCUGAGAUGGCACUGAAAUCGGAGGGCUUCUGUGAAAUCGAUCAACAGACGUUGGAGAUCAUUGUGACACGGGAAGCACUGAACACAAAGGAGGUUGUGGUGUUCGAGGCGGUUCUGAACUGGGCCGAGGCCGAAUGCAAGAGACAAGGACUGCCAAUCACGCCAAGGAACAAGCGGAAUGUACUAGGGAAAGCUUUGUACUUGGUACGGAUUCCAACUAUGACUCUGGAGGAGUUUGCCAAUGGGGCUGCUCAGUCGGACAUCCUAACCCUUGAAGAAAGGCAUAAUAUAUUCUUAUGGUAUACGGCAGCCAAUAAACCCAAGCUAGAAUUUCCACUGACAAAGAGGAAAGGACUUGUACCUCAAAGGUGCCAUCGGUUUCAAUCCUCUGCCUAUCGCAGCAAUCAGUGGAGGUACCGAGGGCGGUGUGACAGCAUCCAAUUUGCUGUAGAUAAAAGGAUAUUUAUCGCUGGACUGGGAUUGUAUGGGUCGAGCUGUGGGAAAGCUGAGUACAGCGUCAAAAUUGAACUGAAACGGCUAGGAGUUGUUCUUGCCCAGAACCUGACGAAGUUUACCUCUGAUGGAUCUAGUAACACUUUCUUGGUCUGGUUUGAGCAUCCUGUACAGGUUGAACAAGACACUUUCUACAACGUAAGCGCCAUUCUGGAUGGCAAUGAACUCAGCUAUUUUGGACAAGAGGGAAUGACUGAGGUGCAGUGUGGAAAAGUGACAUUCCAGUUCCAGUGCUCCUCAGACAGCACCAAUGGCACAGGGGUACAAGGGGGACAAAUACCUGAACUCAUUUUCUAUGCAUGAUGCAUUUCACUUAGAUUGUAUUCCAGGGCUGCUGUGCCCAUUAAGGGAUACUUGACUUGACUUUAAAAGACUUCAGAGCAGUACAGAAUGUUAUGCCUCUUACCUAUUUACUUACAUUACCAUCAGAUACCAGACUAAGUGAAGGAAUACUCUUGAAUUUAAUCUUAUUUUAUUUAUUCGUAAGCUAUUUGACUUAUUGAACUGCAACAUGCAGCAAGGGGAACAUUUUAAAAAACUGCACGUGUUGUGCAUCUAUUUUGUAUAUAGAUAACUAACUUGCAGACUGCAACUGACUCAAACAGAAUGUUCUAAAGUAGAGCGGUUUGAGAUUCUGUUGAAUAUAAAACAUUUUUACUUGUCCUAAA